AUGCUGGCACGGGCAGUUUCAAGGGCACAGCCGGCGGCAGCAGCCCGUUUUCACACCAGCUCCUGGGCCCCGGGGUACUUGACCAAGGUGCGCCAGGUGCUCAACGAGUCGCGGCCAGCAAAAGCAAAACUGGCAAAGGAAUCGCAAUCUGGAUCCUCCAAGGAGCAGCAGCAGCAGCAGCAGCAGCAGCAGCAGCAAGAACAUCAAAGGUGGCAGCAAAAGUCUAAGCUGCAACAACAGCAAGUCGCCCAUGCCGCAGGCCACCAGUUCCAGCCAGCAAUGAAGGCCGCUGAUCCAAUGGUGGCCAUGCCCAAGGUGUUUGGCAAAAUCGAGCAGCCGGUCGACGCCGAGGUCGGCAAGUUUGUCAUUAUCGGAGCUGCUAACGCGGGCAAGUCGACGCUGAUAAAUCGUCUCACCAACUCGCGGGUCUCGAUCGUUUCGGCGCGCCCGCAGACCACACGCACAAGGAUCAUGGCCAGCACAACGGUCGACAACAGGCAGCUGCUGUUUCUGGAUACGCCUGGCGUUGUGAGCCGUCAGGCGCUGCGGCGGGUGUCGCGGUCAGUGGUGACUUCGCCCUGGACUACUAUUGCCGAGGCGGACUAUCUGAUUGUGUUGCUGGAUGCGUUCAAGCUGACCGAGAAAACAGACGCCGUGGAGAAGUACCUGUUUGCACAGCUGGGCACGAAUUCGAAAACACCGGCCAUUCUGGUUGUCAACAAAAUCGAUCUGGUGCAAGACAACGACAAGCUGGGCGAGAAGGUUCGCGAGUAUAUGGCCCAGUACAGCCACUUUGUCGCUGGCCCAGUCUUCAUAUCGGCGCUGGGCGACACCAACGUCGAGGAGCUCAAGCAGAUUCUGCUGGCGAGCACCAAGGCCGGAGACUGGCUGGUUCCGGCUGAUGUCAGCAGCGACAUGUCGGAUCUGAUGCGCGUCGAGGAGCUGAUCCGCGCCGAGUGGUUUGCGCGUCUGGAGGGCCACCUGCCGUACGUGGUCAAGCAGCGCAAUGUUGGCUGGGAGGAGGUGCCGAUUCCGCCCAAGUACGUGGCCGGCGAGGGUGAGCCAGCUGCAGUUGAGCGCAAGGCGCUGGUGAUCAGCCAGGAGCUGGUGGUGUCGUCGAAGGGCGAAGCCAAGAUUCUGACCGGUGCGGGCGGCAGCGUCAUUCUGGGGAUAAGUCGCUCGGCCAACGUCAACAUCUCCAAGGCCCUGGGACGGCCGGUGCGCCUCCAUCUGCAGGUCAUCGUCGAGGAGGACACGCGGCGUCGGAAAUAG